UAAACCGAAUAUAUGAAGAUUUCACUUAAAGUGUGACAUUCAUUUCAAGAUUUAAUUCAUACAUUACAAACUUUCCAAGUCUCUGUAUUUCGCGUCUUUUUAAAAAUGUUGGUCGAAUUUUUAACUUGGUUAGCAUAUUUUUCAACAAGUCUUUUAAUCGUGGUAAUUAGCGCGAGUAUAAUCUACGCCCGAUGGCAUUACGGCUCAUUGGAAAAUUCCAUUGGAAUGCCGGCUGUUAUCAAACCCUGGUUUAUUGGAGGAAGUGACCCAUUUUUCUAUAAAAGUGUGUGCUGUGAAGAAGAUAUUAAACGCGUGCAGAAACAUGGUCGUGUUUUUGGGAUGUACGAGGGAAGAAGCCCGCAAGUAUUUGUUGCUGAUCCCGACUUAAUUCGAUCAAUAUUCAUCAAGGAUUUUGACCAUUUUUAUGACAAACGGAUUCUGGAUUAUGGUCACCCUCUGAUUUCAGAGAUGAUGGAUGUCCUACCUUACGACAAAUGGAAAGUGGUACGGACUUAUCUGUCUCCGCAGUUAACAACGGGCAAAAUAAAAGCGAUGAGUUAUCAAAUGCUGGAAGCGAUUAAUAACUGGGUCGAUAAACUCAAGGCCAAAAUGGAUGAGGAAGAUUACACCUUUACGCCCAAGCACGCAUUUACCACGCUGACGACUGAUGUCAUAGCUCGAUGCGCGUUCGGUACCACGAUCAACACUUUUGACGAUCCAGACAAUAUUUUUGUAAAAAAUGUUAAAAAAUUGUCCUUUGAUGAUGGUGAUGCUAAUAUUUUGUUCACGGGGACUUUUACAUUUCCAUUUAUCGCAUCAUUAGAGCCAUUCGUUUCUUCCGAAGUUAUGCAAUUUUUUGACGACCUUCUCAAAGGGAUAUUGAAGCAGAGGAGGGACAGUGGUCGCGAAAGAAUUAAUGAUUUCGUCGAUGCUAUGAAUGACAUGAUAGAAAAAUGUUCCACAGAUCCGGAAUAUAUUCAAUUGAACAUUAAGGAAUCUACUAUCAUGGGCCAAGCGAUGAUUUUCCUCUUGGCAGGAUUCGAAACUACGUCGACGACUCUGUCCUUGAUGGCGUUUCAUCUCGCCAAAUUUCCAGAAGUGCAGGCCAAACUUAUCAAAGAAGUGGAUGAGUAUUUGGAACGCCACGAUGGAAAAAUUGAGCACGAGACGGUACGUGAAUUGGUGUUCGUCAAUGCGGUAAUGAACGAAACUUUGAGGAUGCAUCCCCCACUGAUUCGAAUUGAAAGGGUUUGUCAGAAGGACUGGAUUUGUGAAAAAACUGGGCUGCAUAUUAAAGAGGGUGUAACCGUUCAAGUUCCCUGUUUUGCUGUCCAUUAUGACGAAAAAUAUUACUCAGAGCCAUACAAAUUUAAGCCGGACAGAUUUCUCCCAGAAAACAAGGAUAAGUUAAAUCCUUAUGCUUUUCUCGCAUUCGGACAAGGGCCUCACAACUGCAUCGGAACUCGGUUUGCCAAAGAAGAAAUACAGCUCACGAUGGCUUCAAUAUUUAAGCAUUUCCAAUUUGAAGAGUGUCCUGGAGCAGAGUUAAAGAUUAAACCAGGACGCUUGUUUAUCAACAAUUAUGGAUCUUUCUCUGUGAAUCUUGUAAAACGAAAUAUGUAAAUAAGGUGAACAAAAAUAGAAAUGGUUGUUUAUACAAGGUAACCUUUAUCGAGGGAUUUUUUGGACAUCUUUAAACUUAAUCUCACAAUUUAUGCAAUAAAUAAGUGUAGCACCAUAUUUUAAGUUAAUUGAGUAAGUCUGAAGAGAGUUAUCGGGCAUAGGAGCCCUGGCCCAACAAGUAACCGGACCCAAACACUGGGUUAUAAAUUAAUUUAAAGAAAUUAUAAAUCAUACUGAUUAUCUCACUUGAUGAAAUCUCAAAUGAACUUAAUUAUCAACUCAACAAUCAUCCAUGCAGAAUAAAUGAAAGUUGUAAAAUAUUCCUGCUCGAAAUAUUCACAAAAAGAGUAGUGAACUGGUUCUGGCUAUUUAGAUAUUUAUUUAAUUUUCCUGAGAUCAACUUGUGCAAUUUUUUUUAAUUCAAAGAGAAUCUUUGGAUGAUUGAAAGACUGCAAAUAUACAAAAGGUAAAGAAAGUAACCUGACAUGUAUAUCACUAAAAACGAAGCGAUCACAAUAAGUAGCUGACGCUUCUUGGUAAAAUGUGAAAUGUUACAAGAUUAGUUAUCAAUGACGUUUGGAAGGUAUAAUAAAAUUCAAAUUGAAAUAAAGUUAUCUAGUUUAACACAUUAAA